CUUUGAUAGAAUAUAAAAAAUCUGUUUAUUUAGUGAAUUUUAGUGCACUAAAAAUAACACUAAUUAAUUUAACAUCAUAUUAUAAAUACUAAAAUACAACAUUACUUAAAAGUACUUUGAGUAAAAAUCUAAGUUUAUCUCCAACUUUAAUCAAUUUCCGUUGACCUGAACCUGACAUCAAAAGAUACAACCUGAUAUCUAAUUAGUUACGAUUUGAAUAGCUAUACCUAAUUUAAAACGACACAAACCAUUAGAAUCUUAUCAUAUUACUAACUCUACUGUGGAACACAAUUCACAUCAUGCAUGAUAAUUUGUCGAAUCCUGUAUCAGGGAAUAUUGAUUAUGAUAGCAUGGCUGCAUUACAACAAAAAAGAACACUGGCUUUUGUAAAUCAUUUCAUAUUAACUACAGUUCAAUUUUUAAACAACUUUGCUAAGCAGUGUGAACAGAAAUUAAUGUGUUAUGAAAAUAAAUUAGAGAAAAUCAAUGCAUCUUUGGUUCUCUUAGAAACAAGGUUGUCAUCAUUACCAGAAAUUAGUGGUCCAGAACCUACAUUAAUAAAUCAACAAUUUGAAACUGAAUCAGAAAAUACUACUCAACCUGAAGCUACAACAGAUGCAGAAGAAAAAACAACAGAUGUAGAAGAAAACCCAACACAAACCAUAAAACCGGAAUAUGUGAGAUUUGUAAAAAUGGUACAUGUUGGAGUGCCUUUACAAGCAGUCAAAUUGAAGGUGUCAUUAGAAGGUUUGGAUCCUAAUGAAUUAGACAUCAUUUUGAAAGUUUAAAUUAAUGUAAUAAAC